UGUUUCACACUUACGCCCAGCCGAGCUUUGAUCUCUCUCUCUCUCUCAUCUAGACAGAUUUUUUGAAUAUCAAAGAAGGAGAUGGACGCCAUAGAUUCAGUUGUGGAUCCAUUGAGAGAAUUUGCUAAGGAUAGUGUUCGACUUGUCAAGAGGUGUCACAAACCCGAUCGCAAAGAAUUCACAAAGGUUGCAGUCCGUACAGCGAUCGGUUUCGUUGUGAUGGGAUUCGUUGGUUUCUUUGUCAAGCUGAUCUUCAUCCCAAUCAACAAUAUCAUCGUGGGUUCUGGUUAGAAGGAAGAAGAAAGCUGCAGCAAUCUUCUUUGGAGUUUACAGUCUUCCUUUUACACAAAACUCAUUUAGUUAUGUACCUCUGAAUUUUGCUCCAUACAUUUCUUUAUUUGUUUUUGCGUUUUUCUUUAAUGUAUGACAUACAGACACACAUAUUCGAACCUCAGUUCAACUUUGUUAGUCA